AUGAGCCUGCCGCGGGGCGCGUGGGCCGAGGGCGCGCGGGAGCGCGGGGCGCCGGAGCCGGAGCCCGGCGGGUGCGGGUUGGGCGCGGGGUGGGUGGGCGUGUGCUGCGCCGCGCGCCUGCCCGCCGGCCCGGCGCGGUACCCGCUGCCCUCCGCACAGCAGCAGCAGGAGGAGGCGGCAGAGCCGGGGCGCGGAGCGGGCGGCGGGAGCAGCCCCGGAGGGGCAGCGGGGGGCGGGAGGCCGCGGGGCGGCGGCGGGCCCGGGCUGCGGGCGCAGGUGAGCGGCGUGCAGAAGCAGCGGCGGCUGGCGGCCAACGCGCGGGAGCGGCGGCGGAUGCACGGGCUCAACCACGCCUUCGACCAGCUGCGCAAUGUCAUCCCCUCCUUCAACAACGACAAGAAGCUCUCCAAGUACGAGACGCUGCAGAUGGCGCAGAUCUACAUCAGCGCCCUAGCCGAGCUGCUGCACAGCCCCGCGGGCACCCCUGACACCCCCGGCAAAGCCGAGCACCGCGGGGCUCCCUUCGAGCCGCCCUGCGCCGCCGGGGCAGGGCCGCCGCCGGCACCGCCGCCGGGGCCGGCCAGAGCCUCGCCUCCCGGGCACGGCAGGACUCGCUUUCCCCCGCCGCCGGCCGCUGGCGGGUACUCGGUGCAGCUCGACCCGCUGCACUUCCCCUCCUUUGGCGAGGGCGCCCUGAUGGGACAGAGAGCCCCUUCCCCCGCCCUCCUCAUGCCUCAACCGGGGCAGCCGCCGCAGGAGAGGAGCAAAACGUCGCCCCGGUCCCACAGGAGCGACGGGGAGUUCUCGCCCCGCUCCCACUACAGCGACUCGGACGAGGCCAGCUAG